UUGGUGGGAGUGCAGAAGGGAAGGUUCCAGGAGAUGGGAUAUUUAAGAUGCUGCAAAAGUGAGUUCCUACAGAUCAUACAGCCAAACUAGAAGACACCUGCAGAAAUAGCUCAUCUUUACUAGGUGACAAGAAGACAACCAGACAGUAUCUGUUUCGCAUCCUCUCAUAAUCUGCAGAUAAAGAUGAACAAGAUGAACAUGAGACAUCUUGUGUGGACAGGCAUUUUUAUUUUCUGUUUAGGAACCAUCCCAGCUCUGUCACAGAAAGCUCCCAAAAGAAAGCCCCUGAGUGCUAAUGGGCUGACAAAAGUACCCGGCUGUUGUGAAGAUGUGAAAGACCUGAAGGUGCAAAUCGCCAACUUGACCAGCCUCCUGGAAGAACUGAGCAAGAAGCAGGAGAGCGACUGGGUAAAUGUUGUGAUGCAAGUGAUGAAGUUGGAAGGCGGCUACAAGCAGAUAGAAACACGUAUGACUGAUGUUGAGGGGAAAUACUCUGAAAUGAACAAUCAGAUGGAUAUUAUGCAACUCCAAGCAGCACAAACCCUCACUCAGACCUCUGCAGAUGCCGUGUAUGACUGCUCAUCCCUAUUCCAGAAGAACUACAAAAUCUCUGGGGUGUAUAAACUUCCCGCAGAUGAUUUCCUUGGUAGCUCAGAGUUAGAGGUGUACUGUGAUAUGGAGACACAAGGAGGUGGAUGGACUCUAAUUCAGAGGCGCAAAGUUGGUCUGACAUCAUUCAACCGUGAGUGGAAGCAGUACAGAGACGGAUUUGGCAACAUUCGCGGAGACUUCUGGCUGGGAAAUGAGCACAUCUAUCGACUCACAAGGCGCCCAACUGUCCUGAGAGUGGAGUUAGAGGAUUGGGAGGGAAAUGUCCGAUAUGCAGAAUACGCACAAUUCUCAGUCAGUAAUGAACACAACAGCUAUCGUCUGUUCCUGGGAAACUUCAGUGGCAAUGCUGGCCGAGACAGCCUGCGCUACCACAAUAACACUGCGUUCAGCACCAAGGACAAGGACAAUGACAAGUGCUUGGAUGAUUGUGCAGGACUGCGAAAGGGGGGAUACUGGUACAACUGCUGCACAGACUCAAACCUGAACGGUGUCUUCUACCGCAAUGGUGACCACAUCAAGCAUUCCGAUGGCAUUAGCUGGUACGGCUGGCACGGUUCCUCCUACUCCCUGAAGAGGGUGGAGAUGAAAAUUCGUGCUCAAGAUUUCCAGCCCUGAGGGUGAACAUCAAUGCUGUACCCGAAGCCAAUGACCUCAUCACAAGUGGUGCCUCAUUCUCAGCACAUUUAUUUCCUUUCUUUCUUGUAGAAUACACCUGCACUGUGUAGGUAAUGAGCUAGUCUGAUGUGGACUUGAGGUCACUGAAAAGUGGGAAUAGCAGCUAGGGACAAGUCUAGUGGCUCAGCGAGCCGUAACUUUCAGGGUUUUCUAACUUUUCCAAUAACCCUAUGAGCUAUACUCUCUGUGAGACGUGGGACAGAUGUCCCUUACUGGUACAGACCAAAACACUUCACUCCGACCCAAAGAGGUCCCUAUGAAAUGAGCUGCAGAGUGAACGACGUGCUGUACUAACUAGCUAGUGGGAUUGCGGUGUUACAGUAAAUAUAUUUAUAUAUAACUGAGGAAACCACUGCAAGAACAACCACUAAGAGCAAUAUCUGCUCCCACCAGCCAAGCAAAGGGAUUUCAUAAACUUUGAUAUUUUAUAAACUUUGCAGAACAUGUAAAAAAAUCUGUAUAUAGAACUCUCCUCGCGAUGUGAUGCUUUAGGAUACUUUAAAGUCUAUUUUUAUUUGCUUCACAAAACUGGAAAGAAAAACACAUUGUGGCUGAACAGCCAAAAAAUAAACUUGUUUUGUUAAAAA